AUGCCUCUACUCGACCAGUAUAUAAUCCUAGAGUCUCCGACCGCUCAGGAUGCCUGGACUUGGGAGAUAGCCACGGGCGCACUCUGUAUAGCUCUGCUUGCCACAAUUGCCGGUAUCCUCUUCGGCUACGACGGAAAGCCGACUCCCAGUCUUCCUGAGAGCGUCACCAUUAACGCCAUUAUAUCAGUCUUGUCGACUCUGGCUAAAGGCUGCCUGCUUGUAGUUGUGGCUGCUGCUCUUCGACAAGAACGCUGGCUCCACUUCAGUCGAAAUCCUGCCGCCCUCAGCAUCACGGAUGAGUACGAAGAAGCUAGCAGAGGACCUUGGGGUUCUAUGCUGCUUGGAGUAAAGGCUAGAGGAAGCCUUCGUGCAUUGCUUCUCGCUGCUGUGACGGUACUGGCUUUUGGCUUCGAAGCAUUCCUACAGCAGUUAAUCAUACUAGAACCAAACAAUGUCCCAGUUCACGAUUUGAGGCAAGCCUCAAUUCGAACACCGACGGCAUAUAACGAGACUUCAGCCCUAGUCAGCGGUACAGGGGGCGGUUCACGGCUUGUACUGGCGGCCUCGAUCGGUGCCUUCGGAGGAGCCAGUGGAGCCAUCCCUCAGCCAUUGUGUCCUACUGGAAACUGCACGUGGCCCGAGUAUAACACGCUUGCCAUGUGCAGUGUGUGUGAAGACACGACAGAUCAGGUCACCGUUGAAGGCAGUGCGUUCAGCAAUGAAACCAACUUCAAUGAUGUUGUUGCCCGAUAUGCACAGAAUGCCAACUCAUCGACAACUCAAAACCUAGUAUUCAAUGCAACAUUCCGUGUCCCAACUGGAAACUCUCCGACAAUCAACAUACCUUUCAACCUAGCUGGAAGUGAUCCAGUCAACUGGAACAUCGUCAGGCCCAGGAGGUACACCUGGAGUCUGGAUAUCGACCCGACCCCUGACAGCCACUGGACCCGGAAUUGGCAGAACAAAACCUUUGCCGGUGUCGACGGCCCGCUAUACUCCAUGGGCUACCUCGACAUGGAUUUGAAUGAGGACCACUCUAGAAUGGUCUUGAAUCAAGCCGUCGAAUGUGCUCUUACGCCCUGCGUGCGUACUCAGCAGUCGGUCAUGCAAAACUAUGUCCUGGACUCAGCCAUCAAUGGUACCAAUUAUGGUAGUAUAGAGAUGUCUGUGCAGCAGCCUGACGGCUUCUUGACCUCGGGAUGGCGCGCUAGUGUCAAUGGUACAGACUUUGCCGUUGUUGAUAAUGGACUUCAGAACUACGAUGGCUCAGCGAACGACUUUGUCAGAUCUCUCAGAAUCGUGCUCGAAGGAAACUCUACGUACACUCGAGCUGGUACCUGGUAUGGCAACAAUGAGCCGCAGAACAACGAUUAUGACAUAACCACGUCGAGCCAGACUAGCAGCCCUUGGAGCUCACCAGGGCAACAGGCAAUCGACGGAAAUGGCAACUUCACAUACAUCGCCGAACAGGUCGGGCGAGCAGUCACAGGAAAGCUGCAAGAGCUCCAGAAUUUGACGCUUAGCGGCACUGUGCUCCGGUCGGAGGUUAUUGUGCGUGUUAGAUGGGCCUGGCUUGCCGGUCCUCUGGUACUCAUCCUAUUGGGCCUUGGUGGCCUGGCUGCCACUAUCCUUGCUACGAAGCGGAAUCGUCUGCCGGUCUGGAAAGACUCUCUAUUGCCGUUGUUGCUAAGAUUUGAUGGCAAUAAGGAUGGUCUGAAUGAGCGUACCGAAGUGGGUUGGGAAAGACUGAACGCUGCCUCCUCCAUUACGAAAGAGGCGGAAUCAAAGCACAUGCACCUAAUCAGAGUGCAAGACUCGCCGCAAGAAGUGUCUCUCGUAUGGCUACUGGCACCCGUGUCAUCGGAGAAGGAACUACAAUCGAUGGACGCGCAAGAGAUUGGAGUGGCAAGAUAG